AUGGUGAUCCUCAACGGCAAAGGUAAUGGGAAUGUCAAGCCUACUAUUCAAGACAUUCAAGACAUUGCAGAAAUUCGAGAUCUUCUUGAAGAUAUUCACAUCGCAGAUACGAGUCAAAGUUCCAUACCAGAUUCCACGAAAACGCAUUCUUCGAACAAAACAGCCGCCGCCGCCGAAGCCUCAUAUUCAUCCACGAUCCCUUCUACAAUUCCAAAGCCAGCAGACUGGACCUCAGAUCUACCUAACUCUGAGCAUGUGCGCUUUUUUAAAAAUACAAAUUGGGCUGCAACACACCUCGGACCAUUAGAAUCAUGGGGCCUUGCCCUUCGACUUCACACUUUCACAACUUUUGCGGAUUCAAGACCUGCUUGUUUAUAUUGGGGACCUGAGAGAGUUGCAAUUUACAAUGAAAACUUCAUCCAAAUGUCUGGUAACACACAUCCAGCAUUAAUGGGCAAACCAUUUGAGUUGGCUUUCCCAGAAAUUUGGAAUGACAUAAAGGGGGUUUUCAUUCAUGCAGAGACGAGCAAGCUUGCAGCAGACGUUAAUGAGAUACCAUUGAUGGUGGAGAGAAGCGGGUUCAAAGAGGAGACAUAUUUCACGGGAAGCUUUAAUCCAGUCCGAAGGGAGGAUGGAGCAGUUGCAGGCUUUUACAAUUCUGUAGUUGAAGUUACUGCCCAAAGGCUCAACGAGAGAAGACAGUCAAUGUUGGGAUCAUUGGAGAUCCCAAUUGGGUUGCAACAAGGGACACUUGCUAGCCAUGUUAUGCCUCAUUUAGAGUCGAAUCCACUUGAUAUUCCCAUGGCAAUGUUAUAUCAGAUGGACGAGCAAAGCUCUUCUGGGUCCACGGUUUAUUUGCGGGGUCAACUGGGCUUCCCUGAGAACCACCCACUCGCUGUGCCGGAAGCUAAACUCAGCAGUUGUCUUGCCCUAUUUCCAUUGUUGCAUAAGACAAGCAAUAAGAUUUCGACUUAUUCUGUUGAUGAGAGAUUUGAGGGAGUCGAAUGGCGUGGCCACAAAGAUGAUUUUAACAAAGCUCAUGAACCAUCGACGCAUUUUAGCAUACUUCCAAUCUCAAGUGCUGAUCGUAUCUUUGGCUAUCUUAUACUUGGCGCCAAUUCUCGCCGACCAAUUGACGAUACUUACGAUCAAUUCAUAAAUGCUAUUGCCUCGAGAGUCUCAUCAAUUGCAUCUGCCUUGGCUAGCGCCGAGGAAACAAAGCGGAGGGCUGAUCGACUAGAAAAAGAACUAGCUGAAAGUGAGAGACAAAUCAGAUACAUGGCACAGAACGCUCCGGUUGGUAUGCUGCAACUAUCGACUGAAGGUAAGAUCCUCUGGGCCAAUGAUAUGUACUACCGAAUUACUGGCCAUCCGGGACCUGAGGAACCGCAGUACAACUAUUCCUUUCUUGACGUCUUAAUUGAAGAAGACAGGUCUCAAACCUUACAAGCUUGGGUAAAGCUCCAUGAUGGAUCCUCUCACAUUGAGACUACAUCACGGCUCAAGCGUAUGUUCGUGCCACCCAGUGGGGAAGCCGAGCACGCUUGUGUGCUAUCAUUGGCAUUCCCAUAUAUUGUUAAUGGUGAAGUUAAAUCCAUCAUGGCUUGCUUCACCGACAUCUCAGAGUUAAAAUGGGCCGAAGCAGCGGAAGCCAGAAAUGCCGAGGAAGCACGCGCGGCCAAACAUUUAUCGCAUACAAAUACUCUUGAAAUCUUGAAAAGCAAUGUCGAGGCCGCUCAUACGAUAGCUAUGUGUGCCAGUCAUCAAAAGCGUAUUGUGGAUGAUGUCUUGACACUCUCGAAGCUCAAGUAUAUGAUGUUGUCCAUUUCGCCGCAUUCUGCUAAUCCAGCAAAGAUUCUGGAACAGGUCGUCAGAAUGUUUGAAGCGGAUUUAACGUCCCACGAUAUCUCAAUCAAAACAAUAGCUCAACCAUCCUUCGGCGCCAACAAUAUCGACUUAGUCAUGUUUGACUCUUCACGUGUGAACCAAAUAUUGAUUAACUUACUAACAAACGCGAUUAAGUUUACAAGAGGUGAACCAAAGAGAAAGAUCACAGUUACUUAUGGUGCUACUCUUGUUAAUCCAGAGAAGAAUUUCAGCAAGGAGCUUUACUGGGUACCAUGCGGGGACGAGGUUGAAGAUUUGACGCUCAAUCCUGAGUGGGGCUCCGGUGAACCUGUGUUUUUAACAUGCGCAGUCACAGAUACAGGAGUUGGCAUGCGUGCUGAGGAGAUCCCUCGUCUCUUCACUCGCUUCGAGCAGGCCAAUUCGAAAACCUCUAUAAAAUAUGGUGGAUCUGGUUUGGGAUUGUUCAUUUCUCAGAAGCUUGCCGAAAAGCAAGGAGGUAGGAUUGGUCUAUCUUCCAAGUUAGGCCAGGGAAGUACGUUCGGAUUUUACGUCAAGGUACGACGUAGUGUUAAACCACGAAAAGAUAUCCGUCCAAAAUUAACACCAGUAUCAUUCGAUGGAUCUUACUAUGACGGAUCGAAGCCUAUGUACGUUUUGUUAGUCGAAGACAAUUUGGUCAAUCAGAUGAUAUUAGAGAAGCAAUUGAAAAAAGCUGGCUGCAUAGUCUACGUGGCUAACCAUGGGCUAGAGGCUUUAGAGAUAUUGAGACAAUGUUCCUGCUGGCAUGAGCCGGUAAAAGACGCGAAGAAGUUAGAUAUCAUACUGAUGGAUUGGGAAAUGCCUGUCAUGGAUGGUCUCACUUGCAGUCGGGAGAUCCGAGCAUUGCAACAAUCUGGAAAGAUCGUGAGGCAUCUUGAGAUCAUCGCAAUUACUGCUAAUGCCCGAGAGGAGCAGGUUCAAGUGGCAUUACAUAACGGAAUUAAUUUCGUAAUGUCCAAGCCUUUCAUAGUCUCGAAGUUAUUAUCCAAGAUGAGAGAGAGGCUUAGCGGGAUCGACAAUGGAACAAGUUUUCAGUGA